GGGGCCUGUUGCACAAAAGUAGAAUUAAGACAUCCGGGAUAAAUGACUCAGCUGAGCUCAAUGAAGCCAAAACAUGUGCGUCCAGGCUUAAUUGGUUGCACAAAGACCAAGCCAGGAUGAGCAGACACGGAUUCAUUAAGCCAGGUGAAACCAAUCCUGGAUAGGUGCGCGCUCACGGCUCACUCAAAUAGACCCCGCCACAGAUCACAGAUUAACUGAUUUACCAUGGCAACUAGAGCCGCGUACUUUUCCCCGUCGGAAGCACAAAUCCUCAUGGAGGCAUACGAGGAGGUAAAAGAUAUAAUUAAGAAGAAAGGCAACACCGCCACAGUGAUAAAGCAAAGAGAAAAAGCGUGGCAAAGUAUUGCAGACCGCCUGAAUGCAUUAAACAUGAACGGGCCAAAACGGACAUGGCAGCAGGUCAAAAUCAAAUACAAGAACAUUCUGCAGAAUGCAGUGAAAAAGAAUACCCACAGACAAGGCACGGGUGGUGGGUCACCAAAGGCUGACCUUACCCCAGCAGAGGACAUGGCCUUGGAGCUAAAUAAAGGCAGGCCCGUCUUAGAGGGGAUCCCUGGGGGGAAAGAGACGAGCAUAGGUUCCUCCCAAGAUGCCACCCGCUUCAUUCAAGUGCCUGGCAGCACUGUGUUCCUGUUAGAGCCACCAGCACAAGCACCAGACGAUGCUGAUCCAGGUGAAGGCCCCAGUGCAGCAGCAACAGCACAUGAUGGAGACGAUGAUGAGGAGGAGACCAUCUCUCUGGAUUCCAGAAGGCAUGAGGACCCAGAUGCUAUACAGUGGGAAAACCAGCCUGGCAACAUAGUGCGUAUUAAUAAAAGGACACCACAUCCUGCCAAAUUCCAGCUGCGCUAAUUGUAUUGUGUUCACAGAGCUCACAAGCUAUCAGAAAGUUGUAUGGCAACCACCUCCGGCGCCAAAUAGAACUGGCAGACAUAGACAUUCAGUACAAGAAGAAAAAGAUGGAAAAUCUUGCACUGGAGUCCGAAAUAAAAAAGAGGACAAUUAGGAAACUGGACCUUGAAAUAAAAAAACUUGAGAGGGAGGUGAGAUAUGCCUUCAAUGUACACUGUAUGCUAACUGUAACACAAAUGUAUUAAUCAUUAUUUUUCUUUCCUCCCCCAGCUCCAAGAAGAUGACACAGCUCAAAAUAAAAAUUAGGUAUAUUCUCGUAAAGUCAAGUGAGCCAUGACAUAUGAGCUCUUAUUGUGAGCACACAGGACGGUGGCAUCUUUCUAAGGUUUUUUUUAUUUUCCCAGCAAUCAGUACAACCAAGUCAUCGUUAUAAGGCAUCGCC